CCCGGUCGAGCGAUACACCGCCUUUAGUUCAGGCAUUCGUUGGGAUUGUGUUUUUUUUUUAUUAUUUAUUUAUUUCGCGACACAUGCGGUCGGCUGAGGAAGCGAGCAGCAGCUGUGAGGAGCAGACUGAGGUUGAGAGUCGCAUCUGCUCUGCGUUUAACAUUUCCAGCGGUCCCUCAACUUGCAGCCAAGCCAGCUACCACGGCUCUUGUCCGGCUGUCAUUGCCUCCUCUGCCGGGAUUAGAGGAUUUAGGACAAUACUGUGUCACUUUCAGGACGCGACAUUAGAAGUGAUGGCCUCAGCUGCGCAGCUGUGCCGGUGAUCCUGCCGCUGCACGUAGGGAAGAAGCAGAGACGCCUUGACAACCGACCUACCUUCCUCUCUCUCAAAAAAAAGGAAGAGAAAGGAAAAAAGAAAACACACCAGCAUAAACAAAUACGACCAUGUACAGCGUGGAGGACCUCCUCAUCUCUCAUGGAUACAAGCUGCCCAAGCAUACCACCUCCUCCUCCACACCUACCCCAGCCCCUGCAUCCUCGUCCUGCCAGGCUCCUUCGUCCUCACCGCCGUCCUACAGCAAACAUCAUGAAAUCUUGGAGAACAGGCCCAACCCCAAGACAGUGAACGGCUAUGAAAGAGGGCCCGGGAUGCCCUAUGGGAACGGUGGUGGAACCAGGCAGCCCCAAGCAUACGGCGGUGGCUGUCCCAACAACAACAACGAACACAGGGAGAGGAGCCAGUCCAGGCGGGAGGGCGAGAGCCGGAGUCAAAUUGAUACCCACUCCUUGGGAGAGUCGCUGACCUCAGACAGCGGGUUCUGUGAUGGCACCAGAGGACCUCAGUCGCAGUCCAAGGACGUGUCCUACUGGAGGAGGAGAGGCCAGGACUUUACUGUGCUUCUGGACUACGCUGACUUUAGAGAGCCCCACGGAGGAGGGCAGGGGGGAUAUGGCAGGCCGGAAGGGUCACAACAAGCAAGAGGCCAAGAGUUGUCUGCAGAGGAGUUUCAGAGGGCAGCUCACGAGAGGCAGCGCUGGGCAGCCCAGGCCCAGGCUCAGGCUCAGGCCCAGGCCCAGGCUCAGGCUCAGGCUCAGGCUCAGGCCCAGGCCCAGGCCCAGGCUCAGGCCCGCUCUAGAGAGAGGGAAGCCGCUCUCCACCAGUGGAGGAUGGGGACUGAGAGGAAGUGCCAGAGCCUGGGAACAGAUGAGUGGCGUCCAGCCGUGAGCUUUGGCCGCCAGCUGUCACAGAGUGAGGGUGAGCGUUGGGCACAGGAGCAGCAGCGGCUCCAUGCCAGGACACCAGAGGGCAUGGUAGUCCACCCCAGGACCAAAGCCAAAUCCCAGUCCCUGCCCAGGAUGCUGCAGCCUGAGAGCGUGCAAUAUGUGGACAUAGCCUCGUCCGGUCAGGAACUGUACAGGCGGGUCAGUGGCCACCCACUGUCACAUCACGACCUUUAUAGGGCACCCCGCUGGCCGGAGAAUGGCAGGCCAGCUAGCGCCAACCAACUCUCAAUGACACCAAAGCCCCGCUUCACCCGACCACCCAGACCUCCCUCCUAUGAGAUGCACCAGCAGAUCAGGGGAAGCUGUGAGAUGUUGUCUGGGAGAGACUCAGUGAUUCUCCAGGCCAGGGACAGAACGCCACUUCCCAUAUCAAGGACAGGUGACUCCCAACUGGACUAUUUUGCACAGGACUCUGGACCUCCAGGAUACAUCCCUCCCCCAUCAUAUAAAAGAGCUCCUAUAAUGGGAGGGGGGCGCCGGGGAUAUGGUGAAAUUGCUGUUGACUACAGGCACAGAGGGGAUGUGUACCAGCAGAUACAAGUGACUCCAGAUGGCUCUCACUGGUUCACCAGACAUCCAGCUGGUUCCUGGCCUGAUCCCCAGAGAGACAGGAGCAUGUCUGGCCAGAAGCAGCUUUACCCAAUGUAUACUACCCAGGAGCGCCCUGGUGGAGGGAUCCAGUAUAUCCCUUUUGAUGAUCCCCGUAUCCGCCAUAUUUCCUCAGCCCUGGGUGGCAAUUCCCUGACGGAUGCUGACAAGAUCCGCCACAUCCGCAAAGAGCUUCCCAGCGUCACCGUGUCGGAACCUGCAUCCGACGACAGUGCCUUUUUGCCCCCGCCAUUGGGGCCUUUCAUCGCUGCCAAACUGGCCGAUGAUUCUAACCAGACAUCUUCUAGCGACUUCGACAAUGACAAUAACAGGUGGCACAGUGAUUUGCACAAAGAGACUGUUGAUAACUUCCCAGCAACUGACCAAAACUGCAACAACAGAUAUCCCAAAAACCAACGUCCUCCUCCAUCUCCCUCUUCAGCCUUCCAGGCCCCAUUAACAAGGACUUCAACUCACCAGGGGUCCAGCUCAGAUCAGGUCUUUGCAGAAACCAUCACCCAAGUGAAGAAAAUUGUCCCAGAUUCAGGGCCAGAGAACAACAGGAAUACCAAGAGAAGAGUGAGUGAAACCAUCUUCUGCCUUGUGUCUGUCCCUGUUCAUACACCGACUAACAUCAACAAAGACUUAGCAGCAGAUCAGAACAACAAUGAGACAAUAUCAAGCCUGACUGUGACCAACACAGACACUUUCGCUGUAGGCCUCAAAGAGAGCCCGAAUGUGCGGAGCAAGUCAGUGAAUGAGAUGCCCAUCAAACCCCACUACUCUCACUUUCACACCAGCAGCACAUCCUCAAUGAGGAACUACAAGAGGGCUCCUCUAAGGAAGGAGAUAAUAGAUGCCUGGGCACUUCAAGCCAGUGAAGACAAAGAGUUGUGCUAUGCUGGGUCCUGGCCUGGAAACCAGUACCGAAACCAGGAAACCCAGACUGGUUCCCCUUUGACAGUGGUGAAAAGUCCAGAACCCCAGGUCUUGUCUCCUCCUGGGAGACAAGAGCCUAUUCAGUCUGUCUCAGACACAACCACAGACAGUGGUGUAGGGACAGACAGUAGCUCCUCUUAUGGUUACCCUAUGGCAGGCCAGAAAAACCUUCAUCUUUCUAGCAACAGCGCCUUCUCCCGUCUCAGCCUCAGCCCUUCACAACAAGACCCAUCCUCCCCAUCAAAGGCCCGGGAUCAGGGAGACCUGCAGCCAUCCUCUCCCAGGAAGAGCAGCUCCAGUCCCCUGGAGAGUGCAGAGCAAGUGGCCUUUGGUCAGUUUCUCUUAAAGCCAGUGAACCGACGACCCUGUGAUGCCAUUGGUGAACUGGAGAGCAUUAAUAAGGAGAUGGAAGACACAAUUAGCAAGAGACCCAACAUGGGUCAGUGCAUUGAUGAUGUAGAUUGGGUGAAUAAGAGAUUAGACCAUUUUAAAUCAGGAGCACAUUUCACUGCAGGUCCAGAACCAGGCAGGGAAGCAAUCAGUCUUCCACCAAUGCACAUAGAAAAACCCAACAAUAUAAAAGUCAGAUCAAAAUCCUUGGCUUCUACAGCUGAUCUAGACUCCAUGGACAUGAGGAGUGCUUUCUCCAGGCCACAGGCCAACAACAUACCACCAACAAAUGAGCUAUCCAUACUCCCCAACCCAGGCCCCAGAGACAGUUGCCUCUUGCUCUCACUACCCCAACACAAUGAGUCAAACCGGCUCUAUAGACAGGACAUCCCAGUCCCUCAAGAGUCCUUGCUGAGGGAUGUGGGAUUAACUGUCUACACAGAGACUCCUGGUGGUCCCGGGGAGCCAAUGCAGCGCUCACUCUCAGUCCCAUCUCCACUCGAUCAUAAGGAGCUUUGUCAGUCAGUGCAGCUCUCAUGGGAGAGCAGGACAGCACUUGUUAAAAGUAGUGGUAGCCCUGAGCACAAUUCAAAUAAAGAGCUUCAAGCUGAGGUAGAGACUGAGAGAAAGGCUAAAUCAGACAAUGUUCCACCAUUCAGGGGUGAGGUGAAUUUAAGCAUCUGUAGAACCAGGAGUGAAAGCAGCAGAUCAUGUCAGAAAGAGGGUUCACCACAUAUCACCAGGCUGACCAGGGAGGUUUCUUUUGUGUUUGAGAAUGAUGAUGGCGAUGAGAGAUACGCCAUUUCUGAGCCUCUGACCUAUAAAAAUGAGUCAACCAUAGCAGAUAAGCACCUGGAGAACUUACUGAUUCAAGAAAAAGCCAAUUCUUUACCUGCAGAGGACCUCAGCAACCUGUAUGAGGUCAAAUGCGCAAAAGGUAUCCCUGAAAAUGAAUCCAUUGAGCAGAGGGCUGCCAGAAUCCUGGGUAUAGAAGUUCCAGUUGAGGCCUUGGGUGUGGCUGACAAACAGUCAGAGGACAACCAGGAUGAUAGGGAUACCACUGUAGCUGAGAGACUACAAAGUCAAGGCGAAGAGACACAGCAUGUGAUAGGAGAGUGUGAGCAAGUCAAAGAGGAAUCCCUGAUUGUUCAGGGAGCAGAGACAGACAAGGUCAACGAGACAGGAUCAGGAAUUGACCACAAAGAAGGAGACAGACAAAAGCACAGCAGCAACCACAGUAAUGGUGAAGACAAUGAGGAUACAGAGAUUCAGUCCCUGGUGGUACUGGACCUGCCUGAGUUCCCACCCAGUAAGCUUCCCCUAUCCCUGCCAGUCACCCCUGAUGAGAAGCUAGCACUUAGCAUGUGCAGUGUGGAGAAGAGGGGCCGAGGUGGAGCAUGCAAACUAAUCGAAUCCCUGCAAGAUAAGCUAAACUCUUCCGCUUGUUCUUCUGCUACAUCUAUGGGCAGGUCAACCACAGACAGAAUGGCCCGUCUGAAAGAGCUGGACUCAUUGUCUCGAAUAAGAUGCCUCAAUCUCAAAGGUUCAGAGUCCGGAGGAGAAGUUGAUUCUGUGAUUGAGGAGAGGGAUGGUGAUAGAGAGGAGAGUGAGCUUCAGGAAGAGUCAAAGGAUGAAGUUGUGGAGCAACGAGAAGAGGAAGAGGAUAAGAAACUGGAGGAAGAAGGAGGGAAGGAGGAGGAAAACCCAAAUGAACAUGAAAAUGCACAUGAAACACAUGACAAGUUGGGAAAUCCUGAAGAAGACUGUAAACCUAAAGAAGUGAAUAAAGGGUUAUGUGAGGACGAGCAAAGACAAGAAGAGGAGGCAGAAGAGAUUGAUGUUGAGAUUACACUAAAAUCGAAAAAUGAAGGGAGUAAAGAAGCAGAUGUUGAAUUAAAAACAGAAGAGCCAGAAGGAGAGGUGGAGGAUGACAAAGAAAAGCUUGUGGAGAAGGUGAGAGAUGGACAGAAUACAGCAGAGGUCAGUAGAGCUGAGGCGACACAAGGCACUGAGGGAGAAAAGUUGCCUAAACCAAAGCAGCGCACCAGGCUCCAGAAGCCUCCUCUGCUUCCUAAACCUCGCAGCGUUCCCAAGAGAGAAAUAACGCUUCCACUCAGCUUCAGCACUGGGACCUGUGGCCCCUCGAAUAUGGAGGAUGAGGAGAUGCUCUCUGUCUCAGACUCCUACGACCCCAGUCGAGUGGAGAGAGUGUAACCUUUGACACUGCCCUCACCACUGUGGAAAUCUGUCUUUCUCAAGUUAACAGCUUUUUCCAACAACAAAGACUUUCAUCUCACCUCACGGCUUAGUCAGCUGUGACCCCUCCAAUAUUGUUACACAUUAUUUUCACAGAACUGACUGUCCUGGUGCUGCGAGAGCAUUUUUACAGCCAAAUAAAGGCACCGCUGGUGCCAAUUCUCCAGGCCUUUUCAACCUCGACAUCCUCGUCCUUCCAUUCUCUCCACUUCUCAAAGUUUAUUUGCUCAAGCAAGCGGACUUCCUACUUUUGAAGUUUGAUUUUGCUUUUGGAAAAAUGCAUGUCAUUAUUCCUGUCUGCACUUUGGCUCCUUCUCGAGCUUGGGUGUUGAAAUAUGAAUGUAAAGUGCUUCUGUUCAACAAACAAAAGAAAUGUAACAGAAAAAAAACGAAAGGCAACAGUAUUGCAUUACAAUCAGUAUUAACCUACACCAAAUGUAAAUAAGAAAGAGUUAUAAGAUUUUAUUAAGAAUAUAAAAAAUCAAUUUAAGACAUUUAAUUGCUGAAGAAAUGUAUAUUUUCUUAUCUAUGUUAAGAAAAGACUAGAUUUUUGGAAGUGUAGUCUUUGGGUGUAUUACUAAUAAUGAAACCCCAUGCUCUUUAUUCUUAUACUUGUGUGAUAGAGAAUGUACUCAGAGAGCCUGGAUUGCAAUGAGAAACGCUGUGGUCCUUGAAUAGUUUCACUCAAGAGCAAUAGCAAUAUAGUCAUAUACGGGACGUUUGUGGCAUGUUUUAAGUAGUAAAUCUCCAUUUCAAGGAGCUGAUCCCAUUUAAACGUCUGCUUUAAAGCUCUACCUUUUGGUGCAAGUGUUAGAUUUGCACUGCUGAGAUUAUUGGCUUUAUGUUACCAAUGAGAAUCUCUUCAUCAAAUACUUUGAGAUUACAAUAGGAGGGAUUCGUGUUCACACCCUACCUGUUCUCCGGGGCCAUCACUCUCAGCAUCAGCAAUCGCAACGUGUAUCAGAAAUGUCUGAUUUAAGUGUUAUUUUUGUUAAUCCUCAUACUGUUGAAGAAGAAAAUCUAUAUUUUGUGGCAUUAACAGAAGUCUAUAUUUAACUGUGGAAUUUUUCUUUGUUCACAUCUUAGUUUGUGUGAUUUCAGAAGUGCUUUUUUGCAGGAAAUGAUAGAUGUAGCUAUUUUGAUCUCAGUGUGCCUUGUACACACUGUUUCUGUGGAGAACAUAAUUUGUGUGUAACACAUUCAGUAUUGUCAGUUUACGAAUCCUAAUUUAAACUGGACAUUACUAAUUCAUUUAACUUUAAUGAAAACAUUUGGAGUUGUUUUGGCAAUAAAAAUAAAAUUUAACUCAAGAAGCUUAAUAUUGAUGCUGUACAGAACAUUGCUGUUGGGAUACUAAUCACAGUAUCUGAACAUGUUCAAUCAUUUAAUGUUGACAUAUCAGUUCUUUUUAAGUUGUGGGCAUAACUGGCAAUUGAUUUACACUCGUUUCAUUUAUGGGGUAGCAAUACAAGAAAUUAAAAAACAUACCAAACCAAACUUUAUGCUAUGCAUUGGACAUCUACAUUUACUGGGUUAAAUACCAAAAUUCCCAGCUAAAACUGCAACUUCUGGUUUGCUUGUUUGACCCUGUCACUCUUUGAUCCAGCUGUAUUUGAUGUUGAACCUGUAGGAUCUGGUUGUAGACUUGCAUGGAAAUGGAUCUGACUGGAGUUCAUCAGUGGAAGCUCAGUGCAAGGUUUUGUUUUUGUCCUGUUACCAGCCCAGUACCCGUACCUCUGUGUUCCAGGUAAUGUGUUAUCUGGUCAUUCUUGUAGGUCUUUUUGUACUGCAAGUUCUUUGUAACAUGAUAUAGACUAUUGGUGCACAUCUUGCUUUGAUAUUUUCUAUUUUCAUACAUGUACAGCUUCUUUUGUAUGCGCGCAACAUCUUUUUUUUUUUUUUUUUUUUUGGUGCAUGAAAUGCUUAAGAAGUUACAGAGAGAAGGUGUAUUUGCAUAUAAUUGCAUUUGGUACUAUAUAGUCUAUCCAAUAAACAACUGUUAUAUUUCAUAUAAUGUAUAUUUUAUUUUCAAAAAGUUAUGCUACAUAUUUAAAACAGAACAAGGUAUUUUUAGAUUAUUGUGAAAAGGGAACUGUUUUUGAAGGCACAAUAUUUGUCUAUAUUUGAAAUGAUCAUUAAGAAUGAUCAGAAAUAGGGACAAGUGUGUGCUAUUGUACAGUACUGCAGAGUAUUCAUAAAUAAAAGUCUUUGCAUGAAA